AUGUCUGAUGACCCCACGCUGACGUUCAACCUGUUGACAGUCGAAGUUGCCAUUCAUACCAUUCUUUAUGUUCGCCAAAUCUACCCAGCUGAUCUGUUUGUGCGACGCAAGAAGUAUGACACUCCUGUGUAUCAAUCUCGUCAUCCGGCUCUGAACGAGUAUAUUUCCGGUGCUGUCAAAGCCAUUGAAGAGGAACUUCUUUUGGGACAUGUUGAUAAAGUGGUUGUUGUGAUUAAGAAUAAGGAAGACAUUGCACUUGAACGUUUCAUUUUCGCAGUCAGUACCAUGAUCGAGGUAGAAUUGUUCAACAAAGACACAAGGUUGCCCCCCUUUGGCUAUUUUGUAGAAGGUGCCAUGACAUCAAGGUCUCUCGCACAGUAUUUCCGGUCUUUCCUAGUCAAACUCAACAUGAUUGAAGCUCAGCUUGGCCAACUAGAGAUGGGCGAUGAGCUCUCUUUUGCGAUUGUGCUGGAACUGCAGGACACAAAGGCCCCUGCCGCGUCCCACGACGAGGACCCUCCGCCCUGGAUUCCGGCGCCCUCUCAGCAUGCGACGGCAAGCGUGUCAGAAAGUGCAGAGCUGCACAUGAUCCGCGCCGUAGAUACUGGCAUAAUCAACUUGUCUCUCGCGGUACAGGAGUCAGAGGAGAAGCUCAAGACUCAUAGAGAAGACGACACUCAGAGAAAGGGAAAGGGGCUCCACUGUCAGAACUUACCGGAGGUGGUUCCGAUGACAUCAUUGUACUAUCUACCCAUUACUUCAAACGAGAUACGAUCUUGA